AAAGUGAGGCGAUUUUAAAAAUAAGUUGUUAUUUAAGAAAUCUCAAAUUUGAAUGACUAAUGAUGAAGGGUUGCAGCGUCAGCUGCUUCAAGAAUUGCAAAAACAACGAUUCCAACAGUUGGGUCAUCAGUUAACUUCAAUCUGUUGGGAUAAAUGUGUUACGAAAUUAAGUAAUUCACUUGACUCUAGAACUGAGAGUUGUAUAGUCAAUUGUGUAGAGCGUUACAUUGAUGUUUCCGGUGCACUUACUCGUCGUCAGAAUGAAACACGUUUAGGAUUUAUGGAUGUACAACCUAAUGAUUAGUUAAUAAAGAUAUAUCGAUUGCAAAUUUCUUUCUUCUCGAUUCAAACCUUUGAUUUUUUCCAAAAUAAUUCAUUGACCUGACUUAUAUUUCAGAUGAUUAAUUUCCCCUCAAUAC